AUGCGCCGCACCGCAAAGGGAGUGGGGUGUGGUGGGUGGCUGAUGGCUGGAGGGUGUGAGGAAAGUUUCUUAUGCUGCUGCCAUUCAAUGCGCCUCUACAAGGAUUGUGCAAGGCUUGAGCGCUCCUGGGCGGAUGGCUCCGGGCUUGAGCGCUCCUGGGCGGAUGGCUCCGUGCUUGAGCGCUCCUGGGCGGAUGGCUCCGGGCUUGCGCGCUCCUGGGCGGAUGGCUCCGGGCUUGCGCGCCCCUGGGCGGAUGGCUCCGGGCUUGCGCGCCCCUGGGCGGAUGGCUCCGGGCUUGCGCGCCCCUGGGCGGAUGGCUCCGGGCUUGCGCGCCCCUGGGCGGAUGGCUCCGGGCUUGCGCGCCCCUGGGCGGAUGGCUCCGGGCUUGCGCGCCCCUGGGCGGAUGGCUCCGGGCUUGCGCGCCCCUGGGCGGAUGGCUCCGGGCUUGCGCGCCCCUGGGCGGAUGGCUCCGGGCUUGCGCGCCCCUGGGCGGAUGGCUCCGGGCUUGCGCGCACCUGGGCGGAUGGCUCCGGGCUUGCGCGCACCUGGGCGGAUGGCUCCGGGCUUGCGCGCCCCUGGGCGGAUGGCUCCGGGCUUGCGCGCCCCUGGGCGGAUGGCUCCGGGCUUGCGCGCCCCUGGGCGGAUGGCUCCGGGCUUGCGCGCCCCUGGGCGGAUGGCUCCGGGCUUGCGCGCCCCUGGGCGGAUGGCUCCGGGCUUGCGCGCUCCUGGGCGGAUGGCUCCGGGCUUGCGCGCUCCUGGGCGGAUGGCUCCGGGCUUGCGCGCUCCUGGGCGGAUGGCUCCGGGCUUGCGCGCUCCUGGGCGGAUGGCUCCGGGCUUGCGCGCUCCUGGGCAGAUGGCUCCAGGCCUUAG